AUGCCUGCAAUUCGUGCACAUGAUAUUUACCCCAAUGAUGUCGAAGAUGACGAUGGGAUGCCCCCACUCGUCGACAAUCCAAACACAUCAAUGUCAUAUACGUUUUUCACUGAUAUGACACCCAUUACUGCUUUCAGCGCUGAUCCCACUGCUCUCUGCGAGAAUGCAUGGGACCACUCAACGUCCACAUCUCUUGUGGACUUCACAGACUCGCCUGACUGUCCUGCAGCCCAAACCACUGAUCGUGUCUCUCAUGGCAAGAAACGGGACGCUUCGUACAUCCCUCGCCCACCCAACGCUUUCAUCCUGUUCAGAUCAUCCUUUAUUCGGAGCCAACAAGUUCCGGAGAAGGUGGAGGGGAAUCAUAGCACCCUAUCGAAGAUUAUUGGCAAAUACUGGAAGACUCUUCCUCGCGAGGAAAGAGAAGUAUGGGAGGCCAAGGCACUCGUUGCCCAGGCAGAACAUAGAAAGCGCUAUCCAGACUGGCGUUUUAGACCUGGGGCUAACGCGCUUGCGAAGCUCAAGGUCAAGGAUGGUCCCGGAAUAGCCAACAGAAAACGAAGCACCCAGAGUACCAAGAAAGGCCGCGGAAAUGCCGAAUCGAAGAAGAAAAAUAAGAGUAAAGAUGAAAGGUGUUCGAUGAUUGCGGAUCUUCUGGUGGAAGGCAAGACAGGCGCUGAACUGGAAAGUGCGCUUAGAAAUUGGGAGAAUGGAAUUAGUAAGGAAGUUGAGGUGGGUAAAGGUGCUGUUGGCCUGCAAGGUGAACCCAAUCAUGAGGGAGGCGAUCAAGGCAAUUGGAGCGAAGCUUUCGCGACCACCAAUCACUUUCAGAUGGAGUCGGUCCAAUUCUUGCAAGACCUCUACGAUCCCGGUCUCGCUACACAGGUAAACACCGAUGGUCACGAUCAUCUCGCCACGAGUCAACCUCGUUGCAAGACUCCACAUGACGAUCGAUUCAAAGUACCUCUCACUGCGAUGUUCAGGCGUUCUCUGUCCGCACCUGCGAGGCGCUUCGCAUCUCCCGCGGAUGUUCUAGGCCACAGCGGCAACAGCUCCCUGACUGAUGUCUUUUCCGAUACUGCAAGUUCUCCUCCCAGCGUUUGUACCCCUUCUGUCUUUCCCUCAGAGCAAUAUGAAGACCCAUCGGUCGCCGUGUACGGUGAUUCUAUGGGUCACCUGUCGCCUCUUGUUCUGCCGUCAGGACUAGGCGAUGAUUCUCCUGCACGUUGGAAUGACUCAUACAAUCUCCUCGGAGCUCAAUCGCCCGUUGGAUCAUUAUCAGACUGCCCUGCUCUGUCAUACGGACACAGUCCCUCCGUGUCUCCAGUCGACGUGAGCUUUGGGAAUUAUACGUUCCCUUCACCGACGCUGGCGGCACUCACUGCGACAAAGCCCGAGAAUAUCUCUGCUGGUCUUGACUACCCCAUCUCAUAUGAUACCCAGUGUUAUUCCUCUUACUCUGCGCUCAAGGGGUGGUCAGAUGGUCAAUGCGCAUCUUUCGAUACCUCUCCAGAAGGUUUCGUGCCGCAGGUUUUUGUCAAUCAAUACGCCAGCGCACCAGCAAUAUACGAAUGGUCCCCUCUCGAUGAUACCAUACGUGCUGGUCAUGCACCCCAGCUCCAUAACACGUUCGAAAGCAACUACAACGAUUUCAGAUUCUGA